AUUCCUCAGGCCAUUGCACGAGAGGUGUCUGUGUGGGCUAGACUGCAUAACAAGAACGUGCUGCCUUUUCUUGGUGUUCGACCGGAAGAUGAUGGCGAUAGCCUCUGGCUUGUAUCUCCAUGGAUGGAAAAGGGCGAUGUCAAGACUUAUCUCACGAACUACCCCAAUAUCAGUCGCUUUCCCCUGGCAAUAAUUCGUGGAGUUGCCUAUCUGCACAAAAAUAAUGUCGUUCAUGGUGAUCUCAAAGCAAACAAUAUCCUUGUUACCAACGGUGGCGAGCCUCAGCUGGCGGACUUUGGCCUGUCCGUCGUUCUUGAUGAUGUUCUUCCAGAACAAACCACGUCCUCGAUGUUUGCUGGUUCAGUCAGAUGGAUGUCUCCUGAGCGAAUUGAACCUGCCAGGUUUGGAUUGACUCCUUCCUUGUGUCGCACGCUUGCGGGUGAUGUGCACUCACUUGCCAUGACUCUCUGGGAAAUGUUCACCCUGAAGUACCCUUAUCCUCAACUGACUCAAGUAAAUGUCCCAAAAGCCAUCAUCAGCGGGGAACGUCCCCUCUUCCUGAUCACACGGCAAAUGCUGUUGGUUUCACUUCCGAGUUAUGGAAUUUCAUACAGGCGUGCUGGACUGAAAGACCAGAUAUGCGACCAAGGUUAUCAGAGCGUCUUGAUGACGGAGAUGACGGUCUGUUAG